AUGACACGUUGGAAACAAAAAAUAUAUAUUUUUGUUACUGUAUUCUCAAGUAUCAAGAAACUAGGCGAGUAUAUGUUAUUCUCAUGUACAAAAUGGCUUCACCUCAAAAAUUAGCAACGAAAUUUUGUAACAUAUCACCCCAGAUAUUAAAAAACGUGGAUGGAAGAACUUUACUAAGUCCAAAGACUCCUAUAAAAGAAACGUAUAGAAAAGGUAUUGAGAAAAGAAAUCAACUGUCUCCUUUUAAUAUCGAUACUCCCAAUAGACAGAAAAUAUUGAAAAAUGGUCUACCCGCUAAAACUGGUACAUGUCUAGGAAGUGGAGGAUUUGGUACUGUGUAUAAAGCAUUGUAUAAAGGUGAUCAAGUUGCAGCUAAAGUAAUGCAAACAGAAAAAUGUUUCAAUAGAUUGAAGAGUGAAGAACAUGCUUCUUUGUUAAGACAUUCUAAUAUCAUAAAAGUGCUAAUGAUAGAACAAGGUGCUUCUCUAUCUUUAAUAACAAUGGAGUUAUGCGGUACUACUUUACAAGAAUAUAUAGAGGAAACGGUCUUAACUAAAACCAAAAGAAUUUGUAUAUUAAAGGACAUAACUUGUGCUUUGCAAUUUUGUCAUAAUGCUGGUGUUAUUCAUGCAGAUGUCAAGCCUAAAAAUAUAUUACUGUCUGCAGACGGUCAACCAAAGCUUACAGAUUUUGGUAGUUCCGUAUUAAUAGAAGAGUCAAAUGGAAUUAAUAAAUUUCACGGUACACCAGGAUAUGCUGCUCCAGAAGUAAUAAAAGAAAAUAAACUGACUCCUGCAGCAGAUAUUUACUCUUUAGGAAUUGUAGCUUGGCAAAUGUUAUUUAGAAAACUGCCAUUUGCUGGAUUACACAGUCAUACGAUUAUUUAUCUUUCUGUAAAGGGACAUCGCCCGGCAGAUGAUAAUAUCGAUGAUGAAUUUCAAGGUGUCUAUAAAACAUUGUAUAGACAAAUGUGGUCACAAAAUGCUACAGAUAGAAUUACAACCAACGAAGUAAUAAGCAAGAUCGAUAUGCUACUUUGUUCUUAAUAUUUAUUUGAAUUGUUAUUCUUAAUCGACAGAUAUUUUUAAUAUUCUGUAGUAGAUACGCGUAAAUUACAGAUCAAAUUUUUAUUGUACAAAAUAUACCAGAAAAAGUUACUUUUUUACGUGUCAGGCAUUUCUCCACCAGGUACAAGCUGCAAAAAAACGGUUUGUUAUCUAACUAGCAAACUGAUAAAUAGUUUUAAUAAUAAUUGUAUUCAAGAAGGUAUUUUAAAUUGAUAAAAGUACAAAAAUAUAUUAACCAUUGUGAUAUUGCUUCCGUUAAGCAGUAUUUGAUCAAGCUUGGUGACUCUUCGUCCCUCGGGUGUUGCUUCGCUUUCUGUCACAUCUUCGAGCAGCAUAUUUACAAAAUCAUCAAAACCUAACAAGGUGCCGACAAUUUCUUUAUCGUUUUUCAUAAUAAUAUGUAUCCGAGAACCGAUACAUUUAUCAACUAAUUCUGAAGAUUAAUGAAAAUUAAUUAUUAAUAACAUGAUAACCAAAACAAAAAAGUGAGGUUAAAUAUAAAUUUGUAAACAAGGCGCAUCUUACCUAAAGGCAAUAACGUUGAUGGAUUUGUACUGACAGAACUCGUCAUAAUGUGAAAGCGUUAGUGAGAUAUAAGAUAAUUAAAAAUAAAAAUAACAGCACAAGUUAUUCUUUAUU